AUGUGUCUGCUUUAUGCUUUCUUUGUUUUGCUCUCUCUUAGCUAUGGUUUCGAUCCUAACUGUCCUGGAAGAUGCAGCUGUGAUUCAGAGCAGUCGGUGCAAUGCUACAGGCUAACGGAGGUGCCGUCAGGUAUUCCUUCCACCACCAAGAAGCUCUACGUCAGUCAUAGCAAAAUUCAGCACCUUCAGCUGUCUAACUUCACCCAAAUGUCAGCUCUAGAAGAUUUUAUUCUGCUGGCCAGUGGAACAGAGUCAGUAGAAAAUGACACUUUCAAGACUCUGAGUACUUUGAAGACCUUGGAACUCUGGAAAAAUAAGUUAAGACGGGUCCCCAGUGCUCUCCCAGCCAGUCUUGAAGUGUUAAAACUAAAUGAUAAUUCAAUAUAUGUCCUUCACGGAUCUGAUUUUGAAGGACUGAAGAAAUUAAAAAUCCUUGAACUGAAAAACAAUCUGAUCUCUUCUCUCUCUCCCAGCAUGCUUUCCUCUCUUGUCAGUUUGCAAAGCUUGGUGUUGGACAGCAACAAUAUCGAGUCUGUGAAUGGACCACUGGCACUUCCCCAUCUGAAACAUCUGAGCAUGGAGAAUAAUAAGCUACAUCUCAUACCAGCUAGCUUCUUCACUUCUCUUCAGUCUUUGCAGUUUCUCAGUUUCAGUAGUAACUUUCUGACUAAAAUUCCUAUUAACCUGCCCAAAUCCUUGCUCUCAUUAAAAAUGGAGAGAAACCGGCUCAAAGUGGUAAGGUUUCGAGAUAUGAAACAUUUGGAGAAUCUUUCCCAUCUUUACCUGUCAGAAAACUCACUCUCUUCCAUCGAUGGGGCACAGCUCCUUGCCAAUUUAACUACCCUUGAGCUGUCCCAAAACCAGCUUCAAACGUUGCCCCUCAGACUACCAGCAAGGCUACAAAAGCUUGAUAUCAGCAACAAUCUGAUUCAGAAAGUUACAGCACAAGACUUCCAGGACCUCCGAGAUUUGAAACAUUUGUUUCUGGACAAUAACAUUGUCAGCUUGUUUGAAGCUGGAGCCCUGCAGAGGUGUUCCCAGCUCUCCAACCUGGCCCUGGAGCAGAACCUUCUCUUGUCUAUACCUCUACGGCUCCCGGCAACCUUAGCAAGGCUGGACCUAAAAGGCAACGCCAUCCAGGAUAUUGCUGAGAGGGAGCUCAAGGAUCUGAAGCAGCUUCAGGUUCUAAACCUCAGGAACAACAAGAUCUCUGCCUUAGACCUCAAAGCCUUGGAGGUGUUGCCUCGCCUCAGGCACCUGUAUCUGGAUGGAAAUCCGUGGAAUUGCACCUGCAGUCUCCUGAGAGCCAGGGAGGUCCUGAAGGCCAAGGGCACAGAUGUGAGGGGAGGACAAUGUGCAGCACCAGCUGAACGACAAGGGGAGAGCUGGAUGUCUUCCAAGAAGAUAAUGAGGCAAUGUGAGCAUCACUUGCAUCUGACCGAGAAAAGCAAAGAGACCAAAAAGAAACCAAAGCCUGAAGAGCACUCCAGCAUCAGAAUCAAUGUGGAUGAUGAUUAUUAUGAUUAUGAGAUAGAUUAA